AGCCAAUAUCGCCGCAUAGUCCUCCCUUCCAUUCCUUGUAGUAUCCCUUCUAUCAAUCCUCUCUCUUUGCCCACACUUUGCUCCAUUUCCAUCCUCCAUGCAAUGCUCUAAGCUUCCCUCUAGUCCCCGGUCACCAUUGUUACCCAUUAACAGUGCCCCAAAUGGCAUGGUGGACUCCCCACAUUCCCUUUGCCAUUCUCUUGUUUGCCAUUCUUUUCAUGUCCCCAUUGCCUCUUUGUCAGGGCCAAGAUGAUGACAAUGACCUUGAAGCCGGCCAACAACGUGCCCGGGCGAAUCCUCUCUUUGCCCGAGUCGUCUAUGAGCGUCUUAUGGGCCUCACUACUAGUUUUGUCGAUGUUAUCGGCGAUAACCUCAACUUUUGUGUCAAAGAUUCAGAAACUGAUUGGAACCAGGCGUUCAAUUUCUCUAAAGACCUGACCUUUUUGUCUAAUUGCAUCAAAAAUACUGAUGGAGACCUUACAUUGAGGAUGUGCACUGCUGCGGAAAUGAAGUUUUAUUUUGCGAGUUUUGAGAAUCAAGGGAAGAGUGAUUACUUGACGCUGAACAAGAACUGCAAUCUCACUUCAUGGGUUUCUGGUUGUGAGCCUGGAUGGGCAUGUUCUGUUGGUGAAAAACAGAAAAUUAAUCUCAAGGACACAAAGCUAAUACCUUCCAGAACUCUCAAUUGCAAACCAUGUUGUGAGGGCUUCUUCUGCCCCCAUGGCAUGACAUGCAUGAUUCCAUGUCCUCUGGGUACAUACUGUCCGACUGCAAAACUAAAUAAAACUACUGGUGUUUGUGAGCCAUAUAGGUACCAGAUACCCCCUGGACAGCCAAAUCACACCUGUGGUGGUGCUGAUAAAUGGGCUGAUUUUGAUAGUAGCUCUGAGAUAUUCUGUCCAGCAGGAUACUACUGCCCAAGCACCAUAAAGAAACUUUCUUGUCGUAGUGGCUACUACUGCAGGAAGGGAUCUAUAGAACAAAACAUAUGUUACAAGAAGAGUUCAUGCAAGCCUAAUUCUGAGAAUCAGGACAUCACUAUAUUUGGUGGCUUUAUAAUUGCUGCACUCAGUUUAUUGCUUAUAGUUAUAUAUAAUUUCUCUGGCCAACUGCUCACAAAUCGGGAGAAGAAACAAGCAAAAUCCAGAGAAGCUGCUGCAAGGAUGGCGAGAGAAACUGUACAGGCUCGUGAAAGGUGGAAAUCUGCCAAGGAUAUUGCAAAGAAACAUGCAGUCGGCCUUCAGUCACAAUUCUCUCGGACGUUCUCUCGCAAGAAGUCUGUCAAGCAAGACAUGCCACCACUUGCACCCAAGAAGGAACCAAGCAACCUUACUAAAAUGAUCCGUUCACUUGAAGAGGACCAUGAAGGUGAUGAAGGUUUCAAUCUGGAAAUUGGCGAUAAAAACAUGAGGAAGAUGACAGCCAAACAAAUGCAUACUCGUAGCCAGAUCUUCAAGUAUGCUUAUGGCCAAAUUGAGAAAGAGAAGGCUAUGCAACAGCAGAAUACAAACUUGACUUUUUCAGGAGUGAUUUCCAUGGCAACUGACAAUGACAUGCGACAAAGGCCAGUGAUUGAGGUUGCUUUCAAAGACUUGACUCUUACUCUGAAGGGGAGUAAGAAAAAACUUAUGAGGAGUGUGACAGGGAAACUCAUGCCUGGUCGAGUGACUGCUCUCAUGGGACCAUCUGGUGCUGGAAAGACAACAUUUCUGAAUGCUCUGGCUGGAAAGGCUACUGGAUGUGAUAUGAGUGGUUUGGUUCUUAUAAAUGGGAAGGUUGAGCCUAUUCGGGCAUAUAAAAAAAUCAUUGGUUUUGUGCCACAAGAUGAUAUUGUUCAUGGGAACUUGACAGUGGAGGAGAAUCUUUGGUUCAGUGCCAGAUGCAGACUUUCUGCUGAUAUUUUGAAAGCCGAUAAGGUUCUGGUUGUGGAAAGAGUUAUAGAGUCCUUGGGACUACAAGCAGUUCGUGAUUCUUUGGUUGGAACAGUAGAACAGCGUGGGAUAUCAGGCGGCCAGAGGAAAAGAGUUAAUGUUGGUCUGGAAAUGGUCAUGGAGCCUUCUCUUUUGAUUUUAGAUGAGCCAACAUCUGGUUUGGAUAGUUCUUCAUCUCUGUUGCUUAUGAGGGCUCUUCGGCGUGAGGCUCUUGAAGGCGUUAACAUUUGCACGGUGGUUCACCAACCCAGCUAUGCCUUGUUCAGGAUGUUUGAUGAUCUGAUACUACUAGCGAAAGGAGGUUUAAUUGCAUAUCUUGGAUCAGUGAAGAAGGUCGAGGAAUACUUUCAAGGCCUUGGGAUUGUGGUCCCUGAGCGUAUAAAUCCUCCGGAUCACUAUAUCGAUAUUUUAGAAGGUAUAGUGAAGCCAAGCACAAGCACUGGCAUAAAUUAUCAACAGUUACCCCUCAGAUGGAUGCUGCACAAUGGCUAUGAUGUACCACGAGAUAUGCUACAUGAGGCUUCUGAUACAUCAUUGAGGAACGGCGAUGCAGGGUCAGUUAAGGGUGGUUCUGAAAGGCAGUCUCUUACCAGUGAUGUGUGGGAUAAUGUGAAGGACUUUGUACAGUUUAAACGAGACGAUUUUGAGUACAAUUUCUCAAAAUCCAAAGACUUGUCAAACAGAAGAACUCCUGGUCCCUUGACACAGUAUAAGUAUUACUUAGGAAGAGUGGGAAAACAACGGUUGCGUGAAGCUAGGCUACAAGGAGUCGACUUUCUUAUCCUAUGUCUCGCUGGUAUAUGCUUAGGAACACUAGCAAAAAUGAGCGAUGAAACAUUUGGUUACACCGGAUAUCUGUACACUGUCAUUGCUGUUUCUCUUCUGUGCAAAAUCGGAGCCUUGAGGUCAUUCACUCUGGACAAAUUACAGUACUGGAGAGAAAGAGCUUCCGGCAUGAGUUCUCUGGCAUACUUUCUUUCAAAAGAUACCAUAGAUCACUUCAAUACCGCAAUCAAACCACUGGUUUACCUUUCUAUGUUUUACUUCUUCAACAACCCGAGAUCAUCCUUCGGCAUGAAUUAUCUCAUUUUGGUUUCACUCGUUUACUGUGUGACUGGUAUUGGUUAUACUUUCGCUAUUUGCUUCCAACCAAGCUCAGCACAAUUGUGGUCUGCACUUCUUCCAGUUGUUUUAUCUCUAAUAGCAAGUGAGGAAAGAGUACCGAAACCAUUGACUAAUUUAUGCUACACUAAAUGGGCAUUACAGGCAUUUGUGCUCGCAAAUGCAGAAAGGUAUUCCGGAGUUUGGCUACUGACAAGGUGUGGAUUUCUGAAGAUGAAAGAUUAUAACAUCCAUGAGUUUUAUCUUUGCAUAGUAGUUCUAAUUUUGGGCGGCAUCGUCUUCCGUUGCGUCGCCUUCUUUUGCCUGGUGACCUUGCAGAAGAGGUGAAGAUUGAAUAUCAUGAUAAUUAGAUAUCAGCUCAAGCAGGUUCACAUAGUUUUAGCACAGACAGUUACAUUACAUUCUUACUUCCUCUUUGUAGAUGAGUUCUACUUCAUUACUGAAAAUUUGAAAUUUUUCUGCUGUAAAAUAGCAAUUUGUACAGUAGUAUUUGAUCAUAUUAUCAUGCUCCA